GCGAAGCCGGAGCUGCGGGCACUUUUUCUGCCUGCGGUGUCUCAGAUUCAUUCUUAAGAAACUGAGAACUUAAUCUUCCAAAAUGUCAAAAAGACCAUCUUAUGCCCCACCUCCCACCCCAGCUCCUGCCACGGCAUCCUCUGGUAUUACGAUUCCAAAACCCCCAAAGCCACCAGAUAAGCCACUGAUGCCCUACAUGAGGUACAGCAGAAAGGUCUGGGACCAAGUAAAGGCUUCUAACCCUGACCUAAAGUUAUGGGAGAUUGGCAAGAUUAUUGGUGGCAUGUGGCGAGAUGAAGAGAAACAAGAAUAUUUAAAUGAAUACAAAGCAGAAAAUAUACAGUACAAUGAAUCUAUGGAGGCCUAUCAUAAUUCCCCCACAUACCUUGCUUACAUAAAUGCAAAAAGUCGUGCAGAAGCUGCUUUAGAGGAAGAAAAUCAACAGAGACAGUCUUGCAUGGAGAAAGGAGAAUCGUACUUGAGCAUUCAGCCUGCUGAAGAUCCAGAUGAUUAUGAUGAUGGCUUCUCAGUGAAGCAUACAGCCACUGCCUGUUUCCAGAGAAACCACCACCUCAUCAGUGAAAUCUUUAGUUGA